GAGAAACACAUUCAGCAGCCCUGUCCAUUGUAAACAGCGCUGUAAACGCUAACCUUUUCAACGGGAACCUCUGCUAUAAAGACUUUAUGGCUGAACUAGCCAAACUCUUGUCGUCUGAGUUGAUUGGCCCGACUGCUUACACCUCAAGGAUUGCAAACAUGUCCGCGGAAGUGGAGAAAGCGCUUUCAUCACGCCCCAGACUGAUGCCAGAGAGCAACUUGAACCGUCUGACGUGUAAAGUGUACGGCUGCAAGAGGACGUAUAAAGACACGGAGAGCCUCAACGCUCACCUGCAGGACCAUCAGAUACCUGUGGAGUCCCUACCAGGGAGGGUGUUCUUGUGCUCCACCGUGGGCUGUGACGGCUCGUUCUCUAGCAUGCAGGAUCUAAUGGAGCACAUGAGGGUCCAUUACAAGCCAAACAUCUAUUUCAUCUGUGAGAGUUGCCGUGCGAAGCUGCGCUCCUACCGUACGCUGCUGAAACACAUCCAGACCUGCGCUAAGGUGGCCAGGAGCAAGGCCAACAGGUCUGAGGCGGGAGGAGAACCGGGAGGAGAACCGGGAGGAGAACCGGGAGGAGAACCCGGAGGAGAACCAGGAGAAGAACCCAGAGGAGAACCGGGAGCCCUGCCAGGAGGGGAACCGGGAGGAGGUGAACCAGGAGGGGAGACAGGAGGAGAACUGGGAGGAGACCCGGAACCCCCGACGCUGACGCCAGCAGACCAGGAGCCCCAGCCCCCGACCCUGACGCCAGCCACAGCCACAUCAGCCCCUGGACCCAGACCCGGUCCUGAUGGGUCAACCGGGCCCGAUACAGCACCCGCUCUAGUACCCGGUCCUGAUGCAGCCGAUACGUCCGAGCCGGAACCGAUGGAGACUGAGCCCAGCGAGCCGGUACCCAUGGAAACAGCAUCAGCAUCAGCAUCAGGACCAACAGCAUCAUCAGCAUCUCCAUCAGCAGUCGCCGGGUCCUCGGGCCCCUCGGAUGCAGAGCCACCCUCGCUGUCCUUCAGCCCCAGGGAGGCUCCGCCCCCCCAGAGCCCCAGCUCCCAGCCCCCGGCCCAGAGCCCCAGUGUCCCCCAGAGCUCCGCCUCCUCACAGCCCAACCCUCCCCCCUCCUCCUCCUCCUCCUCCUCACAGCCCAACCCUCCCCCCUCCUCCUCCUCCGCCUCACCACCCAACGCUGCUGCUGCUGCCACCGCCACCAGCGCCACCCGGAGGAAGAACCAAGGCCAGUCCUAUCGCAGUCGUAUCCUUUGGAAGCACACCAGGGGGCGCUACAGCUGCCUCCAGUGUGGCCACAUCACCCCCAACCGCAAGGAGAUGACGUCACACCUCCAGGAGCACAAGAGCCCGCACAGCAGGUCCCCCUCCGACUCUGAUGGACCUGAGAGUUCCCCUACGCAGCCUCAGCCUCCAUCAGAUUGCGAUGCGCCCGCCGACGCCGACGCACAGACCUGAGUCACUUCCUCCCGCU